CGCCGCCCCUGCAGCCGCGCUCGCUCCGCUCAGCUCCGGCUCCGGCGCGGGGCGCGGAGCGCGGGGCUGGGCCGAGCGGAGGCCGCUUCGGACAUGUCGGGCCCCCGCCCGGGCUUCUACCGGCAGGAGCUGAACAAGACGGUGUGGGAGGUGCCGCAGCGGCUGCAGGGCCUGCGCCCGGUGGGCUCCGGCGCCUACGGCUCGGUCUGUUCGGCCUACGACACGCGGCUGCGCCAGAAGGUGGCGGUGAAGAAGUUGUCGCGCCCCUUCCAGUCGCUGAUCCACGCGCGGAGGACGUACCGCGAGCUGCGGCUGCUCAAGCACCUGAAGCACGAGAACGUCAUCGGGCUUCUGGAUGUCUUCACGCCGGCCACGUCCAUCGAGGACUUCAGCGAAGUGUACCUGGUGACUACCCUGAUGGGCGCCGACCUGAACAACAUUGUCAAGUGCCAGGCGCUGAGCGACGAGCACGUCAAGUUCCUGGUUUACCAGCUGCUGCGCGGGCUGAAGUACGUCCACUCGGCCGGGAUCAUCCACCGGGACCUGAAGCCCAGCAACGUGGCUGUGAAUGAGGACUGCGAGCUCAGGAUCCUGGAUUUCGGGCUGGCGCGCCAGGCUGAUGAAGAGAUGACCGGAUACGUGGCGACGCGCUGGUAUCGGGCACCUGAGAUCAUGCUGAACUGGAUGCACUACAACCAGACAGUGGACAUCUGGUCUGUGGGCUGCAUCAUGGCUGAGCUGCUCCAGGGAAAGGCCCUCUUCCCGGGAAAUGACUACAUUGACCAGCUGAAGCGCAUCAUGGAAGUGGUGGGCACACCCAGCCCCGAGGUUCUGGCAAAGAUAUCUUCAGAACAUGCCCGGACAUACAUCCAGUCCCUGCCCCCCAUGCCCCAGAAGGACCUCAGCAGCAUCUUCCAUGGAGCCAACCCUCUGGCCAUAGACCUCCUUGGAAGGAUGCUGGUGCUGGACAGUGACCAGAGGGUCAGUGCGGCGGAAGCCCUGGCCCAUGCCUACUUCAGCCAGUACCAUGACCCUGAGGAUGAGCCAGAGGCAGAGCCCUAUGAUGAGAGCGUCGAGGCCAAAGACCGCACGGUGGAGGAGUGGAAGGAGCUCACCUACCAGGAAGUCCUCAGCUUCAAGCCCCCAGAGCCUCCAAAACCGCCGGGCAGCCUGGAGAUUGAGCAGUGAGGCGCUGCCCAGCAGCCACCCUUGAACCUGUGGAGAGGCCAGAGCCUGCACCCUCCCUCAGUGGGUCAGGUUUCCUCUGCACCCCUAUGGCCAGGCAGCCCUGACCCCUGGUCUGGGACCCCAUGCCUUGAGGAGAGUCUGCACACAUAAGACUGCACAAACCUUUGUGCACAUGUGCUUGCCAUGUGUAGGAGUCUGGGCACAGGUGUCCUUAGGUCUACCUUGGUCCUCCUACCCCCUUCUGGCCAUGGGGCUCUCCCUUGGGACCUCCCCGUAGGGGGCCUGCAUGCCACAGCGGUCCCUCUGGGGAAUGUAUCUGUCUCUGGAUCUCCUCUGUCCCAGAGAGCUGUGGCGGGAGGGGCAGUGCACUGGGGCCAGGGUCUCAGUGUGUAGAGCUGCUCAGCCUGGAAGUGGGGGCUGCCCUGGUGGUUGCUGAGACCCACAGACGCCAGAGCUGAGGCAGGGCCAGUGUACCACCAGGCUCAGCAGGGUCUUCCCUGCGGGGGUGGCAGGGCAGGACAACCACUAGCUGUCAAAUGAGAAAGGCUGCCUGGAGCCUUGUGUCACCUGUGGGGUGUGUGGGCACAUGGACAUGAGCAUGUGGUCCCAGUGUUCACAUGUCAGGACGUGUGCUGGGCGGGGGAAUCUGGGCACGCAAGGGCUAGUAGCCGUGUCGGGCAGAGCCUGAGUUUGGGUGGGUGUGCUACUGCCUCCCCUCCCCUGAGUUCCUGAUGCCACAAGGGGUGGUGAGAUCCAGGCUAGGGGCUCCAGUGGGCCAAGGGGGCAGCCACUUGGGGGCUUUCUCCUGGGAGCUCCAGCUGGUCCCUGGGGCAUGAGGCACACUCCAGCUGUUGGGGCGGGGGGUGGGGAUGCAGCCUCGAGGACACUAAGGCAGGCGGCACGCAUGGAUGUGGACUUGGACACUUUUGCCCGGACCUCAGCCCAGAGCUGACCACCUCUACUGCUCUCUACCUCUGCCCUCGUGGUGGCUGCAGCUGGAGGUCUGAGGCGCUCUGGUCUGUGGGUCAGCUCCCAGAGCAGGCGAAUGGACUAACCUCUGGGACAGCACUGCUCAGAGACGUCGGAUGUGGCUCCUCCCUGGAGAGGUGGUGGCCUCUUGCCUGGAGGGGUCCAGGGAGGUCUGGGGCCAAGUGCCUGCACCAGGGGUGCACAAUAAAGAGGAUCCCUCCUGCUCA